GACUAGCCUGGCACUUGCUCUGUAGACCAGACUGUGUUGAAUUCACAGAGAUCUACCUGCUUCUGCCUUCCUGAGUGCUAGGAUUAAAGGUGUGGGCCACCAUGCCAGGCAAUUUGGUUUCUGAAAGAGUUUUCUCAGUAAUGUUCACAAAUUUGUGUUAGAGUGAUCUUUCCUUCCUCUUUCUUCUUUUCCUUUGAGAUAGAGUCUCACUGUGUAGUUCUGAUUGGCCUGGAAUUUGCAGCCCAGGGCGACAAACUGGUGGAGAUCUUCCUGCUUCAGCCUCUCAUACGCUGGGAUUACAUCAUGUGGUGCUACGCCAGGCUCCUUUUCUCUGAGACAGAGCCCGGCUUGUGUAACAUGGUGGUUCUUUAACACCAGUCUCCCACAUGCUGAUGUUACAGUCAUUUUUAACAAGAACCCUGAGGCCCACUGAAGACAGAGUUUGAUGAACCAGCCUGCCUCCAUUUUAGGCUUAAAAGUCUUUAUGAGGUCAUUCACUCCAAAGAAAGACUGCUCUGACCAGACUUUUCACAAGGACGACGCAUUCCUGGUCUCCAUGACAACGCACUCUGACUUUUCCGGUCCCGGAAGCCGGCCUCGGACUGCGCAUGCGUAUAGUCAGCCGGCGUUUGAUCCCGGAGGCUUCCGUAGGGCUCAGCAUGGCGGCCGCACUACUGCGAGAGUUGGGUGCACUGAGGGUACCUAACCUGAGGAUCUGGGCAACGCAGACGCUGCGGUAAGAGUCCUGCCACGAAGAUCUUGCAGGCUGCGCCUGAUCUGCAUCGAUCACAGUGCACUUGUGUGCCAGGCAGUACUUUCGGCCUCAGGUGGAGGGCGGCCCGACCCAGAACCCCAUAGAGACUGUUGCCUCCGGGGGCUCCUCUCGGUGUUUUCUGACCAGCCUCUCCCUAUUCCGGUUUUACCCCCGUCGUGCAUCCACACGAGUGCUUCUCUUGACAUUUCUCGCAAAUGGGAGAAGAAGAAUAAGAUUGUUUACCCACCUCAACUGCCUGGCGAACCUCGGAGACCAGCGGAAAUUUACCAUUGUCGGAGACAAAUAAAAUACAGCAAGGACAAGAUGUGGUACCUGGCAAAGAUGAUACGAGGCAUGUCCAUUGAUCAGGCUUUGGCGCAGCUGGAGUUCAAUGAUAAAAAGGGGGCUCAAAUCAUUAAAGAGGUUCUCUUAGAAGCACAAGACAUGGCAGUGAGAGACCAUAAUGUGGAAUUCAGAUCCAACUUACACAUAGCUGAGUCUACCUCAGGCCGAGGCCAGUGCCUGAAGCGCAUCCGUUACCAUGGCCGAGGUCGCUUUGGCAUUAUGGAGAAGGUCUAUUGCCACUAUUUUGUAAAGCUGGUGGAAGGACCCCCUCCCCCACCCGAAGUACCCAAGACAGCAGUUGACCACGCCAAGGACUAUAUUCAGCAGCUUCGCAGCCGGACCAUCAUCCAUACUCUAUGAGAUCUGUGCAGGUCAUCCUGGCUCCACGGUGUAUAUAGCUUAUGUUUAUUUUAAAAAGUAAAAACAAGUGAUUUUUAUCUGUUUCAUUGAA